AUGUCUGUCUAGAUCAGUUUUGUCCUGAAGCUGAUACUCUGCAAUGUUUGGGGUCAAUGGAGUUGCCUUCCCGCAAAUUCCACGUCCUGCACAACCAGAUUUAGCGGAUGUAGAAGCAGACGUCAUUUCCGGGCACCCAUCAGUAAUCCAACAUGGCCGCGCUCAUAUGUAAACAUGCGUGCUGCUUUGGGAGCUCGUUAUAUUAAAGGUUAACACAUUUCCUCGCCGUAUUCUGCUCUUAUAAAUAAGCAAUAUCGUUAUAUAAGUAAUACACUAUAAAUACGCUGUGUUUUUGGCGGAGACAUCUUUUCCAGGGACUCUCCAUACAUUUAUUUUCACUGGAACAGGGAGCCAUGCCUGCCCCAACUAUUUUUGUACAGUCUUUACCAGCGACUGCGACAAAUGAACGGCUCGGGGAGAUCUUCUCUGAAAUCGGACCCAUAAAACAGUGUUUUGUGGUAAAAGAGAAAGGUACAGAUAAAUGCAGAGGUUUUGGCUAUGUCACUUAUUCCCUGGAUGAAGAUGCUCAGCGCGCUUUGAAAGAAGUCAAAGAUUAUGAUGGACAGAGGCUUUCUCUGACAACAGCCAAAAAGAAGAUAAGGGACAAGAAGAAAGCUGCACCUGAGAAGGAACCCAAGGAGAAAAAGGACAAAGGAUUCAAAAAGAGCAAAUUAAAAGCCAGACUCAUCAUACGAAACUUGAGCUUCAAGUGUUCAGAAGAUGAUUUACGAGAAACUUUUGCCAAGUUUGGAACGGUUCUUGAGGCCCGCAUUCCCCUCAAACCUGAUGGGAAAAUGCGUGGGUUUGCAUUUGUUUUGUUUAAAAAUGUCUCAGAGGCAGCAAAAGCACUGACUGCUAUGAACAUGAAAGAAAUUAAAGGUCGACCAGUGGCAGUGGACUGGGCAGUGGCUAAGGACAAGUAUUUGUCCACUCAGCCUGCUUCAAGUACAGGCAAUAACAAGGAACAGGAGGCCACUACUGAAGAGCUAGAGACAAACAGCAAUUCUGAAGAGGACACAGAUGUACAGAAACCACCAGUGAAGGAGAGAAAAAAACCUACUUCAGCAAAAGCCAAAGUUGUGGAGCAGAGUGAUGACAGCAGUGAAGAGGAAGACGGGGAUGAAGAGGACUGUGAGGAAGAGGAGGAGGAUACGGAGGAAGAAGAGGAGGAGGAGAAAAGUGAAUCAGAGGAUAGUGCUUUGGAGGGCGAUGAGGAUGAAGACGAUGAGGAAGAUGAUGAUCUAGAUAAUGAGGAUGAAGAUGAUGAAAAUGACGACGAUGAUGAUGAUGUGGAUUUGAAGAAGAAGAAGAAGAAGAACAAAUCCAAGAAAGCUCUCCCUUCAGACAUAAAUGAGGGCAGAACUAUAUUCAUCAGGAACCUGUCCUUUGACACUGAGGAAGAAGGCCUGGAGGAGGUUCUGCUGCAGUACGGAGAGCUCAACUACAUUAAAAUAGUGCUGCACCCAGACACAGAGCACUCCAAAGGCUGUGCUUUUGCUCAGUUUAAGACUAAAGAGGCAGCAGAGAAGUGUAUAGCUGCGGCACAAGACGAAGCACAGAAUGGAGGGAUCCGUGUAGAUGGAAGAAAGCUGCUGAUCGUUGCAGCAGUGACCAGAGAAGAGGCGUCCAAACUUAAGGACAACAAGAAGAAAGUGGAGACUGGCACCAGGAAUCUCUAUCUGGCCAGAGAAGGAUUGAUCCGAGCUGGCACUAAAGCAGCGGAGGGCAUUCCUGAGGCAGACAUGGCCAAGAGAACCCGGUUUGAAGAGAUCAAGAGGGCCAAGCUGAAGGACAUUCAUGUGUUUGUGUCCAAGACCCGUCUGUGCGUCCAUAACCUGCCCAAGUCUGUGGACACCAAGAGACUGAAGAGCAUCUGCUUGCAGGGCCUCAAGGGCACCAAGGGAGUGCGCAUCAGUGAGUGCAGGGUCAUGUAUGACAAGAAGCCAGAGAAAGGCCAGAUCAUGGGGCAGUCUUUGGGCUACGGCUUUGUGCAAUUCUCAGUCCAUGAGCACGCCUUAAGCACCCUCCGCUACCUCAACAAUAAUCCUAACAUCUUUGGACCAAACAAGAGACCGAUCGUGGAGUUCUCGUUGGAAGACUCCAGAAAGCUUCAGAUAAAAGAAGCGAGGAAGCAGCACAACAGGGUCCAAACUCAACCUGCACAACAUGGAGGUAAACAGGUUGUAAAGAAAGAAGUCACUCAGAGUCAUCCCCCAUCAGACCACACAGGCAAAGAAAAGGCCCCAGUGCAACAGCAGCAGCAGAAGCAGAAUCGGUACUUCUCAGGUUUCCAGACCAGACCUGAGGUGGAACAUGUGGAUCUGGAGAAUGGCAAGAAGCGCAGGAAGGUUCUGCCCAUGCCCUCACACCGUGGGCCCAAAAUCAGAAUGAGAGAUAAAGGAAAGCAAGUAGCUCCAGCGCCCAAGAAAGCUCGAGCUGGCCCCAGCAGGAAAGAAAUGAAGAGACAGCACAUGGAAAAGCCCACACACACCAGGAACCAGGUUAAACCCAGUAAGCCGUUCAAGAGAAAGGGUGGAGACCGCUUCGACAGCCUGGUGGAGCAGUACAAGAGGAAGCUGAUGGGGACCACAGACAGCAUGGUCAAGAGAAGCAAGUGGUUUGACAGUUAAACCUUUUUUAUGUUUACAAUUCAGAUUUAAGACUGAGAAUAUUCUGGCCCUGGCUAUACAAUUUCAGUUCAUGUAAUUUUCUACUUCAUCAGUGAGUCUGUUUUUGCUACAAAUUAAACAACUGGCAAAAUAUUGUGAUUUUUUUUUUUUUUUUUUUUUAAGAUAUUUAUUGACUUUCUCUCAGUAAGCUCAAGUUAAAACUUACACCUUUCGUGCAUUUUUCUGUGAUUAUGAAUUCUAUCAUCAAAAAACUCAGUGCUAAACAAAUUCAAAUAGCCUUUUUUUCCCUGAUACCUGUUGGACUGCUCUUGUCCCAUUCUACAGCAGGUCAAAGAACUGAAUGGGUGCAGACAGGAGGUUAUGAGGCGUUCAGGUAUGUCUAGUAAUUUGGAAUUAGCACAAAACUCUUGCAGGUAUAAGUGCUAAAAAAUACUCACAAGUUAUUUGGUUUACUCUGUAGUACAAGUAAACACAUUGAAGUUACAGUUUUCACUUUAAAGCCCAUAUUUCUGAUCUAUGUUAUAUGUGUUGUUUCCUCAUCAAAAACAUACCUGGAGUUGUGUUUUGUGUAACUUACACAUGUUUAACGCUCAAACUCUGCAUAUUUAGGCUGAGUUCUUCUCUCAAACAGAAAACACCCCUUUCCAGCUUGUGAUGUCAUGUGGUAAUAUGGGAAGUGCUCCGCUAUGUUUUUAAAGUCCAUACACCUUCCCUUGAAUCAUAGGUAUAAUUUCACCCCUUGAAUUUCCAAUCUUUACUGAACAAAAGGUAAUAGGUAGCUCUUAACUUCCAUGCUAUCACUUCAUGAGAUCACAAAUUGGAUCAGAGCAUUUUGAACUUCCAGAUGUACAAACUAAUAAACUAGGAUUACUCAAUGUAUCAUAUGUGAAUGAAACAAAACACAACUCCAGGUAUGUUUUUGAGCACUUAAUAACAUUAUAACAUGCCUGUUAAAAGCCUAGGACCUUUUAAAGUAGCAGUCCAAAAUGAACUAGUCUAUGCUGAAAGAGUUGUAGUUUAUCAUCACUGCUGCUCUAAAAUGAUUGAGUACACAUCCAAACACAUCAUCUAAUAUUUUCAUAGUUUCUUACCCAUGCCUCUUUUAGUUGUCUCCUUAGGUAAAUCUGACUGUGCAGUUACAUGCAGCAGGUAUCCAAAUAUGUAUCAGCUUCCCCAAAUAUGUUAUUGGGAUCUUUGAGAUUUGAUUCAUGACACCUCAGUCAUAGCUCUCGGGUUCACAUGCAUUUGAUACAUCAGUUUAAACUGGAGUAGGCCAGUUAUUCAGUUUUCCUGGCUUGCAUGUAAACAUAGUGAGUAUCUUGAUCUAGAUUUGAAUGAUUCAUUGAAAUUACAAUUUAAAUGGAGGCAAUUAGUUGUGUUUAUUUUGAUUAAUGGGGUCCUACUAUGUAUAAAACCUGCUAACCCUGUAGUUUAGACCUCUACAAGUUUUCAAAUACAUAGGAUUCUUGCAUUAGUUGAUCGUAUUUCUUCUCUCAAAUGCAAAUUUUGUAUUAAAUGGUAUUUUUAAAAUUUCCACUGUGAACAGAGUUUUGAUUUAAAUUGCUGUAAGAGCCUUGUCAAAUUUUCCAAAACUGUGAUUGGAUUUUGAUCAUGCCAGUCAUGUUAUUUACCACUUUGUUUUAGUUAUUUUAAUUUGUUGAGCUAAGCCAAGAUAUAAUUACCUUUGGGCCUAACUGUAUCAAGAUUUCUUCCUAAUUUGUGUAAAACUGUAUAGUUUGAAUUGCUGUAUCCCAUCUCUCCUGUUGUGUUUUUUUUUUUUUUUUUAAUUUGUGGUAAAUAUUAUAUAAUAUAACUUAAGCAACAGUUGUAAUGUUGCUGGUUCUGUGCAGUUAGUCACAUACUUUAUCUCUUAUCAGCUAAACACAUUUGUAUAAGACACCCACUCAGUCAAGUCUCCAUUGCAAAUAGUACUUGCACGAUAGGGGUCAUUCAUCUUGAAAAGGUCCGGCAAUAAUUAUAAGUAAAAGUUAAUAUUUUGUUGUUUUGCUCAUGUUUACAAAAAAUACAUAAUAGUAAUGUCUGACCUACUUGUGUCUUUAAAAGCACAAUAAGAGUGUAGCUUUUAAACCCUCAAAAAUAUUACAAUAAAGGCAUGUUCAUUGCAGAAAACUCCA